AUGUCAAAGGAAUUUUCAAUAAAAAAGACAGAAAAUAAGGAAAGUGUAGAAGAAUCACUUAAGAAAAAUACUAUCGGUUUAGUACACUUGGAUGAUUUCAAGCAGAAGCGUAAAGAAAUUGAAGAAGAAGCAGCGAGGAAUGCUGCAGGUACUUCAUCAACUACACACAGACCAAAAAAGAAAUCAAAGACAAAGAAGACAUCAACCAAACUUUCAUUUGCUGGUGAUGAUGGUGAUUUAGACGGUGACGACACCAAAGACACAUCAAAAAAGCUCAAAAAUCCACAAGUAGAUACGUCCUUUUUACCAGAUAGAGAUAGAGAUAUUGCAGAUAUAAACGAGCGUGAAAGACUUCGUAAAGAGUUCCUACGUAAGCAAGAAGACAUAAAAUCUGAAGAUUUGACUAUUCAAUUCGCUUAUUUCGAUGGAACGAGUCAUAAAUCAACAACAGUUUGCAAGAAAGGUGAAAAUAUCGCACAAUGUUUAGAUAAAACGCGUCAGAAGUUUCCAAAAUUGAAGUCAAACAAUGUGGACAAUCUAAUGAUGGUAAUGCAUGAUCUUAUUCUACCACAUCACUACACCUUUUACGAUUUCCAAGUCAACCAAACACGGAGUAAACUCGGUCAUCUCUUUGAUUUCACGGACGCAGAAAAAGCCGCAAAAGUUGUAGAACGGAAUUGGUACAACUCAAAUAAGCACAUAUUCCCGGCAUCUAAAUGGGAACAAUUCGACAAAACAACGACAACUUCAAAAUAA